CAGCCGACCAUGGGGAGCGGAGCGGUGGCAUCCUGUGUACCAGCCACGGCCAUGUCGCCUUGAUCUCGGUCUGCACCCGUCGCCGCCCCUUCUCCUUUCCCCUCGCCAGCCACUUGUCCCCGCCGCCAAACCAGGCUGACGUAGCACGAGCUCGGGAUUGAAUCGGACCAGACCCGGGUCGCGUCCUCGAGCAGGAGGUCGACGUGAGGGACGAGCCGCCCCGUCGCACUGCCGCGGUGGUGCCGCCCCCAAUCCCGGAUACCGACAAUGCCGGGUCCUGGAGUUGCCUGCGAUGGGGGCGUGGAUGGUGGAUCUCGGCGGGGACAGUGGAGGUGGGGGCGAGGGAGGCCGUGCCGCCGGCCAAGAGGAGGCAGGUGGUGGCCGUGCCGUCCUUGAAGACCGCGGCGGCGGCGGAGGCCAUCCAGCGGCUCUUCAAGCUGUGCCGCGCCGUAUUCACGGCCCUGGUCCGCGCCAUGCUCGGUACCACUACCAUAGCUCACCCUGCCGGAAAUGGGAAUAUCUUGCACAAAAUUGUAAUUAGCUCAUGGUGGUGAUUUUUGCAGACAUGAUGAGGCCACCAGGAAUUCUGUAAGUUCAAACAUGGAACAUACUAGAGUAUUCUGACAUUUAUCAUAGUCACCAGGAAUUCUGCCUAGCCACACACAAAAAGGCUCCACAAAAGUGGCUUUACUUCUUCACAGCCAUGACUUGCAAUUGCAAGAUGAUCCUUGCAGCUCUGAACAGCUUACAAACACCAGUAACAGCUGAGGCCAGCACAAUGGAAAAGAGCAGGGCAUUUCUUUGGCUGGAAAAGGGAUGAAAAGAACUGCUUUAAUUUCAGAAAUCAGAAAAUUAAAGCAAGUUUCAGAAAAUUGGCGGGGAAUUGGGGACCGAAUCGGAUUCAGAAAAAGGAAACCGUCCGUGUCUCUAUUUGGAAAUUUGACGCGUCCUCCGUCGCCUGCAAGUCCAUCGCCUAUAAAUAUCAGCACAUCCACACCACCUUUCUAUCCCAGAUCCCAAUCGCCCGCCCUGCCCUCGAUCGGCAUCAACCCUUCCUAGCUAGAAGCAGCAGCAGAUAGGGCAGCCGCCGGCCAGCUGCAGGAUGGAAGGGCUCGACGUCUUCCAGCACUACCGUCUGAAUCCUACGGAUGUGGACGCCGUGACUUACUACCUGCCACGCCUCAUCGCCGGCCAGCCGCAUGGCGCCGAGAAAUUCAUCCACCACGUCGACAUCUACAGCUGCGAGCCCAAGGAUCUCGCCGCCAAGAUUGCGCCCGUGCCGCAGGCCGCGAGCAGCGGCGACCGCUUCUUCUUCACCACGCGCAAGAGCAAGAACGGAAGCAAAACCCAGAGCGUGCGCACCGCCGGCGGCGGCACCUGGACCGUCAACGCCACCACGGCCGUCAAGCACGCGGGGGUCGAGGUCGGUGAGAGGAAGAACCUGUCCUUCAGGAAGAAGGGCAAGUCCACCGGCUGGGUCAUGGAGGAGUACCGAUGCUUGCUGCCAAAGGCCACUGUCGCCGACGGGGUGAAGGUGUUUUGCAAGAUCCACUUGGCUCAGCAUCCUCCUGACGCGGCCCGUCAAGAAUCGGCCGCGUACAUGCUUCAAGAACCGCAACGAGAGCCCGUGACUGUGAGCACGCACGCACAGAAGAGGCCAGCAACGGCUGCCACCGCCGAUCCUCAUCCGUCGCGCCCGAACAAGAGGAUGCGAGGAGCAGUCCCCGUCCCGGCACCUGCCACACCGUCGUUCUUGAUGUAUGAUGAGGCAGCCAGAGCAAUGUAUGGCCCGCUGGCUCGUACCAACUUCCCUGUUCAGGAUGCUGUGGCUGUACCAGCGGCAAUCGAAGGUGCUUCAGCAUCAUGCGAGUUCACUACAACAUCCUACCACUCGGACGUCGCUUCUUCCUCACAUGAUAUGCAGCGACAAGCUCAAGCUCCUGCUAUUUCGUCUCAGUCAGAUGUGCUGGAGUCUGUCAAGCAGUACAGCCAACAACAGAUGAUUGUUCCUGAGGCUGGCUCAAGCAUUGCAAGGAGCACAUCUGAAGAGGUUGUCUUUGAGCCAUUGGAGCCUGUUUCCAAUUUGCUGGAUGAGGAGGCAGAUGGUUUUGACCUUGAAGAACUAAUGAGAAUGAUGGAAGACGACCCAAUUGAAGUUGAGCCGGUCACUGGAGCCAGCACUGGCGUGGAGAUGGGCCAACAGGAACCUCUGUACCUGGAUACCUUGGACCAAGGCAGGCUGGAGGACAUGCUGCAGUCCGAUUGCCCUUACCCAAUGUGGUGGAGAUCAGAGGACGGGGCCAUGCACAACCCUGCCUCCCAUGAUGCUGACAAGGAGAAGAGGUACAAUGCCGCGUCGGAUCUUGACGCACCAUCGCUUCAGGGACACGACCACUUGUUCAAACCGCGGCCGUGCUUCUUCGAUCCAUUUGAAGCAGCGUUGAAGGCCGAAGAGGCGCUCGAGAAGGAGAAGAGGGACAAUCUUCACGCUGGACCGCUUGGAGGGCACAACAACUUCUUCUCGUCUGCAAGUGUCCAUUAAGUCCGAUGUUGAAAUUGUUUUCAAAGUGUAUAUGAGGAUACUCGUUGGCUGAUAUGUUAGUUCGUCCUUGUACGAUCGCCACAGAUGUACCUCUGAGCAAUUUGCUCCACUUGUUCAUGCAAGCUAAAACUAGUGUUGUUCU